AUGCCCAAAUCGAGAAACAUGUUUAAAAAACUAUUCAAUAGUAGAAAAUCUAAGAAAGAUAUAGAGGAGAUCGUGGCACAACGAGGACCGAAGCAAUUCACUUUUGAAACCCUUUAUUCUGCAACAGAAGGUUUCCAUGAGAAAAACAAGCUUGGCAGAGGCGGUUUUGCUAAUGUGUACAAGGGAGUGUUGAAGAAUGGGAGAAAGAUUGCGGUGAAGAAACCUUUGGUGAUCUCAGAGAAGGGAAAGAAGGAUUUCAUGAACGAGGCGAAGUUGCUGCUGGAGUGUGCAAACCACCGAAAUGUUGUGAAGUUUCUGGGUUUUUGUUCACACGGUGAAGAGAUACUGCUCGUAUUUGAUUUUUCCAUUAAUGGCAACCUCGACAACCUUCUUUUCAAGACUGGUAGAGCAGAUGAGCUUGAUUGGAAGCGAACAUAUGACAUAAUCCUGGGCAUUGCCCGGGGAUUGCGUUACCUUCAUGAAGAGGCUCACAGUGUGAUUAUCCACUUUGACAUCAAACCUGCCAAUAUCCUAAUCGACGAGAAUUGGGUCCCCAAAAUUGCUGAUUUUGGCACCGCCAGCCUCUUCCCUCAAGAUCAAACGGAUGUUAAUAUCAGUCAAGUUGCUGGUACCCCUGGGUAUUUGGCUCCCGAGUGCUACGUGUAUGGGCCUCUCUCUGUGAAGGCGGACACAUACAGCUUUGGGGUUGUGGUUUUGGAGCUGAUAAGCAAUCAAAAGAAUUGGCUAUCCACGCUCGCUCUUCCAAUGGUGAAGUUCUGCGGGAUAAAGUAAGAAUAAGCACCUGAUCCACAUUUUUAGUUUGAACUGAGUUGGAUUUGCAU